CUGUGCUAAUAUUAGUGACAGACUUCUUCGACAUAAAGAAAUAUCUAUGGUGUGAUUCACACAUUGAUGUCCCGCUUUGUCUUGAAUGUAUCCACAGCAAAAUGAAUUACAAUAUCAUCAAAUUCAAAGAGGCAGAAGAAAUAAUGGAAACACAAGAAUAUUCGCAAUUUGUCAAGAUAAAUGAGUGCAAGCGUAUCAUUUUCCACCCUCGGUUUCUUGGAAAUACCAGAAAAGGAAUCGAGGAGGCUUUGAAAUCAGAAAGAAAUUUGGUGUCAGAUAAGUUUGGUGGUGCUUUGAUUGCAUAUAACAAUAUUAAAAUACAACAAGCUAUGGGACUUAUUGUUGAUCCCUACAUCCACUUUGACAUUGUUGCUGAUUUUAUUGUAUUCAAGCCAGAAGUAGGGGCUUCAUUGAAGGGUGUUGUACACAGAGUAUUCAAAAAUCAUGUCAGCCUUUUGGUGUAUGGUAUCUUUAAUGUAUCAAUCAAGAAAUCCGAGUCAAAUGCAGAGCAACUGAGAGAGGGAAAUGAAGUGGACUUCAAAGUGGAAAGAAUUUAUGUCAACAACAGAAUUCUAUCCAUGCAUGGAGUUUUAUGGAGCGAAGAAGUUACAAAAAAGACAAAAAUGACCAAGAAAAAAUCUCAGAGGAAAACAUUCCCAGAUGAAGAUGAAUCAGUGCCUGCAGAGGAGAGUCUGGACAGGAAAGAUAAGACAGCAGAUAGACUCGGAGAAUUGGAUGGAGAGGAUGUGGAAAUGAUUGCGGAGGAUUCACUUCCUGUAACACACAAGAAAUCGGAGAAGAAGAAAAAGAAGAAAUCGAAGGAAAAAGUUUGACAGAAAAGUUCGUCAGAUGAUUCACGCGUGUCAAUAGAGACUGCAAAAUUACCAACCAAGGUCUGCCAACUGUUUCAAGUGUAGUCAAGAGUACAAGCAAUAAAGGACAAAACAGUGUCACUGAGAUGAUUUCUGUGAAUAUUUGACAAAGCACUGUUUUCAUCCUAUGAAGUAUUCUUGUACAAAAAAAAAAUACCCACAUACAUGUUUUUUAAUUUGUAAACAAUAUGUGGCCUAGGAAGAAGGUAUAUUAUAAUUUUUAAUUUUUUUUUUAUAAAUACAUUCUAAUGAUAUAGAUUAUUUAUUUAUUACCGUAUUGAUUCUGGUUAGAGAUAUUUCUAUAACAAAUUGUCUUCUUAGAACAUGUUUCUUCUACAAUCUGACUGUGAGAGGUCAUGUUUUAGGAGAAGUUCAAUAUAAGUAUGUUUCAGGUGCCAUCAGGUAUUUCACUGAACCAUUAAGUAAAUCAGGAAGUAAAACAUGAGUAUGAAAUCCUAAUUGAAACUCUUGCAUGAUCCCAAAUAGAAAAUAUAUGUAUAUACAGUCAAACCUCAUUAUAUUGAACUCAAUGGGAACCAAGACUUCGAGAUAUCAGAUUUUAAGAUAUUGUGGUUAAAUACAUAAAGAAAAAGUGUUAGGGAUUUUUAAUUUACUUCAUCAUAUCCCUGCCCUAGUAUUUGAGAUGUCGAAGUUCAAGAUGUGAAGUUCAACUGUACAUUUCUGUUUAGAUGACCAUUAUGUGCAUGACUCAUAUGAAAUAAAGCUCAAUAAAUGA